GUCAAUGGGUUUUUGAUUAAUGCGUGAUUUGCCGAUUUCCAAAGCCCAAUUAUGUUCGAAAUUAUUUGCAUUCGGUACAGUCAUGCCGCAAUCACUACAAUGAACCCUCCACAGAGCCAAGAAAGUCGCCUCAUUAGGAGACAACGAAGGCCCAAUCAAGAGGGCAAUUACCAGCACCUAACGGCUCUCUGCGUCAUCAGCAUCGCACUCACCUGCGCAAACGCGGCAUUGUGGCCAAGUUACAGCAGCGACGAUGCGCCCCCCAGCCGCUGCAGCGGUGGGCGUGGCCUGAAGUACCUGUCGGGUGACGCGCUGACGGACUCGCUCGAUUGCCUGGGGCCCAAUAAUGCGCCAUAUCCAAGCGCGGCCGUGGCGCGCACAUUCUCCAACUGGAACGGAAACUCGCGACGUGGCCGCCAGAGCAAAUUGCCCAGCACACUGGACCCCGCCAUAACCACCAGUGCUCUGCUGAGGGCCUACGACGAGGUGAACAACGAGGCCGUCGGAAGCAGUCGCUAUGGUCGUUCGCUGAAGAAUGCCACGCCGGCGCAGCAGUGCAAGAGCGAGACGCCGGCGCGCCUCUGCAAGACGCGCUACAACACCACGGCGCCCAUGUACGGAGUGAGUCUGACCUCCGGUCAGCCGGUGACCAUCGUCCAGAAGUUCCCCGAUCUCCUCCAGCAGGUGGUCUUCGAAGUGUGCGAAUCCUCUGAGUGCGACGUGGUGCGCGGCGAGUGUACGCAAACCUAUGUGCCCUACCUGUUCCUGGUCAUUCCCCUCGGCCCGGUGACGCUGACUGGCCAGGAUUACGUGCUAGUGGAAAGCGGAUGCGUGUGCAAGCCCAAGUAUUCGACGGGUGCCGCCCAGGAGCCCAACAUGAUACCGUAGGGGAAGGAGAGGGAGGAGGCGGUAACCACCAGGAACACCAACAGCAACCAAAAGAACUGAGCGAGCUUUGGGUCGGAGCAGAUCGGAGCCAAGCCGAGCUGGGCUGAGCUGGCUGGCUGGCUGGCUUAAUUAAAAGGAAUUAUUUUUUGUAGCGAAAUCAAUUUUGCAAUG